UGUCCUGGCGGCUCACCCAAGCGGACUCACUGAGCGACGCGGGCGGGCUAUGACACCAGGGGCGCUGCUGCUGCUGCUGGGGGCGUUGGGGGCGCCGUUCGCCCCGGGCGCCCGCGGCUCGGAAGCGGAGGGCCGACUCCGUGAGAAACUUUUCUCGGGCUAUGAUAGCUCGGUGAGGCCGGCGCGGGAGGUGGGAGACCGCGUCGGGGUCAGCGUUGGUCUCAGCCUAGCGCAAUUAAUCAGCCUGAACGAGAAGGAUGAGGAGAUGAGCACAAAGGUCUACUUAGACCUGGAGUGGACUGACUACAGGCUGAGCUGGGACCCUGAGGAGCACGAGGGCAUCGAUUCACUCCGCAUCACUGCCGAAUCCGUGUGGCUACCAGACGUGGUGCUCCUAAACAACAAUGACGGAAAUUUUGAUGUUGCUCUGGACAUCAAUGUCGUGGUGUCCUCCGACGGCUCCGUGCGCUGGCAGCCCCCGGGCAUCUAUCGCAGCAGCUGCAGCAUCCAGGUCACCUACUUCCCCUUUGACUGGCAGAACUGCACCAUGGUGUUCAGUUCCUAUAGCUAUGACAGCUCAGAAGUCAGCCUGCAGACUGGCUUGGGUCCCGAUGGGCAGGAGCGGCAGGAAGUGCACAUUCAUGAAGGCACCUUCAUUGAGAAUGGUCAAUGGGAGAUUAUUCACAAGCCUUCUCGGCUAAUCCAGCCUCCAGUGGAUCCUAGGGGAGAGGGGGAAAGACGGCGUGAGGAAGUCACCUUCUACCUCAUCAUUCGCCGGAAGCCUCUCUUUUACCUGGUCAACGUCAUUGCCCCAUGCAUCCUCAUCACUCUUCUGGCCAUCUUCGUCUUCUACCUGCCACCAGAUGCAGGAGAGAAGAUGGGGCUCUCGAUCUUUGCCCUGCUGACCCUUACUGUGUUCCUGCUGCUGCUGGCAGACAAAGUGCCUGAGACCUCCCUGUCUGUCCCCAUCAUUAUCAAAUACCUCAUGUUUACCAUGGUCCUCGUCACCUUCUCAGUCAUCCUUAGCGUCGUAGUCCUCCACCUGCACCAUCGCUCACCCUACACCCACCAAAUGCCCCUUUGGGUCCGUCAGAUCUUUAUCCACAAACUCCCUCUGUAUCUGGGUCUGAAGAGACCCAAGCCUGAGAGAGACCAGAUACCGGAGCCACCUCCUAUACCUCUCAGGGAUUCUCCAGGAAGUGGCUGGGGUCGGGGAACAGAUGAAUAUUUCAUCCGCAAGCCACCAAAUGAUUUUCUCUUCCCCAAGCCCAACAGGUUCCAGCCUGAACUGUCUGCCCCGGAGCUGCGGCGAUUUAUCGAUGGUCCAAACCGGGCUGUGGGCCUGCCUCCCGAGCUACGGGAGGUCGUUUCCUCAAUCAGCUACAUCGCUCAACAGCUGCAGGAACAGGAGGACCACGACGCGCUGAAGGAGGACUGGCAGUUUGUGGCCAUGGUGGUGGACCGCCUCUUCCUGUGGACCUUCAUCAUCUUCACGAGCGUCGGGACCCUCGUCAUCUUUCUGGACGCCACGUACCACUUGCCCCCUCCCGACCCCUUUCCUUGAGGACGAGAGGGCCGAGACCGAGGUCCUCGGCCAGUUGAAUUGAGAGUUAGUUUGGUAGUACUCUCAAGCCCUAUCCCUUUCUGCAUCUUAACUCCUUCACUAGGAGUCCAAUCCUCUCAUCAUUUCGUUUCUAGGGAGGAAGCCCAAGUGGGACUGGGCAGAUGGGGGCCUUGGGCCCACCUGAAAUGCACUAUCCGCUUAUUUACUCUUUGGCUUCUUGAAGAAGCUCCAUUGGAUAUUCACACCUAGGUUGGCAAUGAAUGGAACAAAGAACAAGCGCUAGCUUGUAAGCCUUCUGAGGGCAGGAACUAUGUCUGUUCACUGUAAUAUCCCCAGCACCUAGCACAGAUCCUAACCUAUAUGGCCGCUACCUCUGGUUGAAUGAAUAGGGAAAUUUUUUUCUGUAAGGAAAUACACUAAUAUCGCUUAUAUUUGCA